AUGGGGAAAAUAGACAACUUAAUUCAGUCAGUUCCCCUUCCUCUGGAUCUCGGGGAAAAAGUUCGAAAACAUUUACCUCCCGGCACAGGAGAAUAUUCCGUUGGAUGUUUGGACUGUGACCACACCUCGGAUCCCCUCGCCGACACAGGGGCACUAUUUCGUCUCUAUUAUCCAAUUGAAAAGACCGACAUUAUCAAACGUCACAAACAAUGGCCUUUGUGGUUACCCAGGAGACAAUAUGGUGAAGGAUUUGCCCAUUAUCUCAAAUUAAAUACAAAAGUGUUUGGAAAAAUCUUCAAAUGGCUGGCCGGUGAUGUUUAUAUACCAGCAUUAUGGCAGAGUCCCCCAUGUCCAAACGGACUGAAGUUCCCUGUGGUUGUUUUCAGCCACGGCAUAGGCGGUAACCGAACCACCAACACCACGAUGUGUACUGAACUGGCCUCACAAGGGUUCAUAGUGGCAGCAUUGGAGCACAGAGAUGGGUCAGCAUCUAUGACGUAUGAGCUAAAGUCAAAUGAGAAAGGAAAUGUGGAGAUCGUAGAGGAAGCAGAACAACCACAACAUAAACAAAACCGUCUUAAACGUAACCACAGUUUUCAUGGUUACAACACAACAGAUGCGGAAUGGAAACCUUAUGUACAUUAUGAACCCUGGAAUGAAUUUGAGUAUCGAAAUAAUCAGGUCAAGAAAAGGUCACGAGAGUGCUCUGAAGCUUUAGAUAUUUUGACGUCACUAAACCUUGGUGUAGAAGUUCAUAAUACCCUCGGAGGAAAUUUCAAUAGCAAACUGUUUAAGGAUCGCAUGGACUUAUCGAAAGUGAUAAUGAUCGGCCAUUCCUUUGGUGGCUCCACCUGUCUUCAUACCUUGGCACAUGACAAACGAUUCAUUAUUGGUGCUGUGCUGGAUGGCUGGAUGCAUCCUAUAGGUGAAGAAGUAUAUACAGGGAUCACACAGCCUUUACUCUUACUUAAUAUGGAGAAAUUCCAGUGGAAAGAAAACAUCGAACAGAUGCUCAAAAUCCAGAAAAAUCAGACAGAGAAAAACAUGAUCACUAUGAAGGGUGCAUGUCACCAGAGUGUUACAGAUUUCCAGUUCAUUGUUGGGAAACGACUGGCUCGGUUCUUGGAUUGUCGACAUAUCAUACAUCCCCGUGUCUCCAUGGACCUCUGUAACAAAGCUGUGCUCAGCUUUGUGUGGAAACAUUUGGGCUGUGAAGACCGAGAAAUCCAUGAGGAUAUUUUGUCAGGUGAACACUCCCUCAUGAUAAAGGGAACAAACGUCAACAUGUCAUGA